AUGCAUAGAAUAACAUUGUACGAUUUUAUAAUUGAUGAAAUAAAAGGAGGAAGAUAUUAUGAUUCAUAUCUUAGUGAUAAUGAACAUAAUGAAGAACAACUUAAAGAAGAUAAAAGAACAAAUAAUUUACACGAUAACGAGAAGAAUGAAAAUGAAGAUAAUAAAUAUGAUUUUUAUAAAUUCCUUGAUAAUUUCUUUAAAUCAGAUUCAAUACCAAAUAAUGCAUUAGAACAUAUGUUAAAUGUUCCAUAUUUUUUAGAAAAAAUUAUGAGUUUUUCUUUUUUAUUAUGCUUGGAUAAUAUAUUGUAUGAUAUAACUUUUAUGCCUAUACAAGUUAUUAGAUCAAUAUGCAUUUUAAUAUAUGUAUUUUUUAAAAAUGCAAGUCAACGUUUUUUAUAUGUUUUUUCAAAUGUAAAAAAUUAUAAGUUUUAUAAAUAUGCUACGAGUAAUUUUAAAAAUUUUAAAAAAUAUAAAGUAGGAGGAAUAAAUAGUUGCAAUAAUUUCUCUUACAUUGAUAGAAAAGACAAUUUUAAAAAAGAUAUUAAUUUAAAAAAAAAAAAUUUCACAGAUUUUUAUCCAAAAAAUAAGAAUUCACCUAGAAAUUUUUUUACAUAUUAUCAUACAAAUGAUUUUAGAUAUGAUAUGAAUAAUUCUAACUCUGAAUAUAGUUUAGAUGAGAAAGAUUUUUUUACAAAUAAUUCACUUAAUACUGGCAACUUAAUAUGUAAGUUAAAAGAUAAUAAUUUUAUAAAAAUGUCUAAUUUUAGUGAAAAUUCUGAAUCAAGUUUAAUUAAAAAUAUAAGUUCUGUAGAUAUAAAAAAAGAUAACAUCAUGAAUACGAAAUUAAUAGAUAACAAAAAAAAAAAAAAAGAAAAAUUCAAAUUAAAAAAAAAAAAAAUAAAAACAAAUAAUCAAAAAUCAUUUGAUAGAACUACAAAAAAAAAUAGAAUAAAUAGUUUUUUAAAUAUAUUUAAACCAUUUAAUUUUAUAAAGAGGAAAAUGUAUCAUUAUUUAAAAAAUAUUAAAACACAAAUUAAAGAUUUAUAUAGCAAUAUUUACAUAAAUAUUGCUCAUUUUAUUAAUAUUAACAAAUUAUAUACACUUAAAAUUUUUAAUAAUGAAGGAAAAAAGAAAAUCAUUACUAGAUCUCUUGAAUUAAGAUACAUGAAUAAAAGAAAAAAUAACACAAAUGAGGAAUUGUCUGAUAUUUCUAAUAAAAAAGUUUUUAAAAACUACUUAAAAAAGGAUACUAUAAAAUAUAAAAAUAAAAGAAAAAAAAGUAUAGAAAAAAAAAUACUAAUAGAAAAUGAAAAUUUAGAUUUAGAAAACAGUCAUAACAUUAACAAAUCUUCUAUCUAUAACAUAAAUAAUAAUAUUAAUAAAAAAAUAGAAACUAGUAAUUUAUGCAACAAUGAAGUAGAGAAUGAGGAAACAAACUAUAAAAAUCUAAAAAAUUAUUCAGAAAAAAAUAUUUUAAUGAAUAAACAAAAGAAUAUAAACUAUAUUCAUUCUAAUAAUAAAAGUAAUUUUUCAAGUAGUAUUAUAUACAAAAAUUAUAAUUUUAUAAAUAAAAAAGAUAAAAAAUUAAAAAAUAAAAAUAAAAAAAAUAAUUUUAAUACAAUUAAAAAUAUGAUAAAUAGUAAUAAUAAAUUUAAUGAUAAGGAUAUCUUACAUAAUAAUAAUAAUAAUAAUAAUAAUAAUUUUAAUUUAGAUAAUAACUAUAAUAAUGAUACUAACAAUCAUUAUAAUAUUGAAACUUACAAUAAAAAUUUCAGUAAAACUCUUUAUAAACCAGAGAGUUAUAUUAUUAAUCACAACACAAAAUUUAAUAAUGAUUAUGAUAUAUUUUUGGAUGAUAAAUUGAAACCAUUUUACUCAUCUUAUAAAAGGAAUAGUGAAAAUUAUAUAUAUAAUAAAUUUAAUGAAAAGUUAUCAGAAAGGAAAAAAAUGAAAAAUUUAGCUAAAGUUAAAAAUAUGAAAAAAAAAUUAUUUCAACAGCAUUUAAAUUCAUUAAAAUUAUCAUUCCCUGAAUAUAGUGGAUUAAUAAGAAUAUCAUUAAUUUUAAUUUGUAUUUACAUUUUUUCAUUUGUAGAUACAUCUCGAGUUUAUCAUUAUAUAAGAGCACAACCAUUUAUGAAAUUAUAUGUAGUUCUAAACAUGUUAGAAAUAUUAGAAAGAUUAUUAAGAUCAUUAGGAAAGGAUUUAAUUGAUAAUGUGAUCAGAACAUUUAUUAGAAUAAUUAAUUUACAUUCAUAUAUUUAUAUUAUACGAAGAAAUUAUCAAAAUAAUAAUGAAAAUGAAAAAGCAAAUAAUAAUAAAAAUUAUAUAGAAAGUGAAAAUCACUUAAAUAAUUAUAUUGAUAAAAAUGAAAAAAUUGAUAUAAAUAAUUUUGAUAAUAAAAACAAAAUAAAUAGAUUCACUAGCCAAAAUAAAAAUAAAAAAAAUUCUUUUAUAGAUAGUUUACAAAAAGAAACAGAAAAAAAUGAAAAUAUUUAUUUAAACUAUAGAGAUAUAUAUUAUAGAUAUAACUUUAAAAAUAAAAUUAUUUCUAAAAAUACUUAUUAUUAUGAGAAAGAAGAAGAAUAUUUUUGUUUAGAUAAGAAAAAAAGGAAAAAUUUUUGGUUUUUUAAAAAUAACAAAAAUAAUGAAAUGAAUAAUGAAUUUAAAAUAUCUAUAUUUUUUCCUUUUUAUAGCAUAUUAAUUAAGUUAUGUAUGCAAUAUAUUCUUGUUCUUUUUUAUAUUUUGAUUCAUUCUUUUAUUCAUCUUGUUCGCUUUUUAUCUUUAAAUAUUGCUAUAAAUUCAUCAGAGUCAACAAUGUUUUUAAUUUUAGUUAUGAGCAAUUUUACGGAAAUAAAAUCUACAGUUUUUAAAAAGUUUACAAAAAUAUCAUUAUUUACAAUAGUAGCUUCUGAUGCAGUUGAAAGAUUUUAUUUAUUCAUUGAUGCAUUUCUUGUUUUAUUAAAAAUGUCAACUGCUUAUAGAACACAAAAUUCCUUUAUAAGUAUUUCAAGUUGGCUGAUAAUUAUUUUAUUACUUGAAGUAGGAGUAGAUUGGUGUAAACAUUCAUACUUAUUAAAAUAUAAUAAUUUGAAAUCCGAAUCCUUAAAUAAAUAUUUUCUUACCCUUUUAGCUGAUGUCUUAAUUUCAAGAACACCAAAUAAUAACAUUCAUUAUAUGAAAACAUCCUUUAAGGUUCCAUGUAAAAAUAUUUUUUGUUUUUCUCAUAUACCAACAAGAAGACUUGGAUAUAUGUCAAUGCCAGUUGUAACUUUGAUCGUUUGUUCUUUACCAAGAUUAAAUUAUUUAUCAAAUAUAUCCUUGUUAUCUUUUGCUCUAUCUAUAUGGAUUUGUUUAUUUCUUUUCAAGAUAAUUUUAUCAAUUAUGAUUGUAUCUUAUACAAUAUCUGAAAAACAUCAUUUGAAAAAGUUAGGUAAGCCAUAUGAUGAAAUUAGCGCUCUAUAA